AGUGUUGCAAAAGAAAGCCGAUACGUUUAACGAGCCGUGUUUGUUUGUUGGUGUGAGCUGAACUGGGCUGAACCGAGGCGAGAGCACAGGACUGUAGACUCAAAGAAAAAUAAGAUAAAAGAGAAGCACGAGAAGAUUCAAUUUAACCUUCAAAACCUCGUCUAUUUUGUUUAUUUUGAUAUUUAACUGACUGCUAAACACUCUGAAUUCUCCGUCACGUGAAUGUGUAUUAGUACGUGUUUGUUUACACGACCGUGGACCUUUGAUACGUGCAAUUUGUAAAAAAAAAUAAUAAUAAAGAGAAGAAGAAAUGGAGAAAUCAAACGUCUUCUCGUCGGACCGAAAUAUCCUCUGCCUGUUUGACGUGGACGGUACUUUGACACCACCUAGAGAGAAAAUCGACCCUCAGUUGGAUGAGUUUUUCCAGACUCUGCGGAGGAAAGUGAAGAUCGGCAUCGUUGGUGGGUCGGACUACUCCAAAAUAGCUGAGCAGCUAGGGGAUGAUGUGAUACACAAGUUCGACUAUGUAUUUGCUGAGAACGGGACGGUGCAAUACAAAGAUGGAAAACUCCUCUCAAAGCACGCCAUUCAGAACCAGAUCGGGGAGGAGCUGCUGCAGGACCUGAUAAACUUCUGCCUCAGCUACAUGGGGCUCAUCAAGCUGCCAAAGAAAAGAGGGACGUUCAUUGAGUUCAGGAAUGGAAUGCUCAACAUUUCCCCCAUCGGUCGAAGCUGCACGCUGGAGGAGCGGAUCGAAUUCUCUGAAAUCGACAAGAGAGAGAAGAUCCGGGAGAAAUUUGUUGCUGCCCUGAAAGAGGAGUUUGCUGGAAAGGGACUACGGUUCACUAAAGGGGGUCUCAUCAGCUUUGAUGUUUUCCCAGAGGGCUGGGACAAGAGACUGUGUCUAGAGCUGCUGCAGAGUGAAGGCCUGGACGCCAUCUACUUCUUUGGCAACGAGACCUCAGAUGGAGGAAACGAUUAUGAAAUUUUCAACGACCCACGGACCAUCGGUUUCACGGUUUACUCUCCGGAGGACACAGCGAGGUUCUGUCGGGAGAUUUUCUUUAAUGCUCCGCCACACGAGCCCUGAAGUUCCCUUCCCCCGAUCCCUGUUCCCACAACGCCUCUGACUUCCCUGUGGGUUCUGCUGGUACGACAACAAGCAGCCCAGGAUAUUUAUGAACUGCUGAAAGGUAGCACUCCUUGUUAUUAUCAUGAUUACUCUUUUUAUAAAGGGACAGGUGUCACUUGUUGAUGUAUGUGAAAGUUUUAAGUACUGUGCCAGAAGAGUUGCUUGAAGCAUGUAGCAUAAAUUAAGCAGGUUAGAGAUAUUAAAAAAAAAAAUUGAAAGUUAUUACUCCAGAUUAUUAGAGCAUAGAAUGAUGUUUUGCACUAAUGUGGGCAUAAUUUCAUUCCAAUCGUUGGUAUUGUUGAACACUGUGUGAGUGAGAGAGAGAUUUUAAAACCGGUGAGGAAACUUUUACUAAUUUUAGUCCAUUUUGAAACUGAGAUAUGAAUGAAGCAUUGAAGAAGAUGUGGGUCUUUAAUCCUCUACAGUUGAACAUAUGUGAGUCAUUCCUGGUAUUUUAAUGUCUCUGUGGAGAUCUGAGCUGAAUGGGAUUUAUUUUUUAUUUACUGUGUUCAUUUAAAUAUCAAAUGUCUGUUUUAACCUCACAAAGCUGCAGGGAAUGGAAGACGUUUGCUUGUUUUGCAUCUGUAGGUUCUUUAAAUGCAUUAAAAUGAAUCCGAUUUCUAUUUAAAACUGAACAUACUACUGACUUAAUGAAUUCAUCUUAACCAGUGAAUUAAGCUACUACCAAGUUACUCUAAAAGACUUCUGUCAUUUAGAUGACAUCUUUUUUAUGUAAAAUAUUUUUACAAGCUGUAUAAUGGCCGUAUGUAUUGAUGCUUAUUGCUUGGUUCCUUGUUGCUUACGUUUUUCAGAUUCAUGUUGUUUUCAACAGCUGCUUAAAGGAGUUUUUCAAAAACUUUAAAAAUGUGAACACUGAUAGGUUAAUGUUCUGUCCUGUCUUGGUUCAGGAUAAUAAUGCCUCCUCGAUUGAUCAUUAUUGUAAUUAUGAGGCUUUUGAUAAAUACAUUAUGAUACAUUAGCUGCUGGACUGUUAACACUCUUUCAACCUCAAAACAAUAAUAAGAGAAAAUUAGCUUUUAACGUGUCUCUGAUGCUAACUGAUUAAAAGAUCGGUCUUGUUGUUUUUCCAGUCAUGAAUGGAUAAAAAUGUAUUUUGCGUCAAUUCAUUAUAAUAAAACCUUUUUGAUAAUAUGUCGCUGA